AAGAAAGUGGUUAAGAUCCAUACACGAACCUCUUCCAACAACUCGCGCGUUAUUGGCCUACCGGUUGGUUUAUAAUAACUCCGAUACCACCACGCGCGUCAUAAAUUAACUAAUCCAAAAUAACUCGAAUCGUUGGGAGAAAGCUUAUACGAAGUUUUGUGUGAAAGGAAAAGAAUUAAAGUUAAUUGUCAUACACACCGUGAAGGUGGCUAGCCAGGCUUCCCUUGUCAACAAACUUGGAGACCAAAAGCUUCUCCUCCUUCCUGUAAUAGUAAGCCUCCAACGGCAGCAAGUUAGGGUGCUUCAGCUUCCCGAGCAUCCUCAUGUGCUCGUGGAACUCCUCCCUCCCGACGUUGUUCAUGUGCCGGUACCUCUUCACCACCAUCGCCUGCCCGACCACUCCGGCCUUGUACGACGCGCCGAACGUCCCGCUCCCCAGCACCUCCGCCGACGCCCUCAACAAAUCCUGCAAAUCGAACCUCUCCACGUCGUCCCUCAGGAACAGCAGCCGGUUCGCCUGGUCGACCCUCCGCGCCUGCGCGUGGGCCCCCGCCGCCACGGAGGCGUUGGUGACGUGGGUGGCCUCCUCGCGCUGCACGGCCCGCACGGCGGGGGCCGACGUCAGGAUGACUUUCCCGCUGGUGAAGGAGUCCCGCGCCAGCUGGCGGCUGGCGGCGUGCUUGCGCCGGUGGCGGAGGAGGAGGCACAGGAUGGUCGCGAUGAGGAUGAUGACGAGGACGAGGAGGAUGAUGAUGAUCUCCAGCGUCAGGUUCGUGAGCCUGGCCUCGGCAGCAGGGAGGAAGAAGAACGGCGGCGGCGGCUGAGGUGGCGGCGGAGGGGCGGAGCAUGGGUGUAAUGGGGCACCGCACAGACCUUUGUUGCCUGAAAUUAAUUAUUCAGAAAAAUUCCUGUGUGAAAAGAAUGCAUCAAGAGCAUGCACAACAUAUUCUUAAAAUAGAUUACAAGCACCUAAAGUAGACCAUAACUCUGCACUCCACAAUUUUAUUAAAACAUAUCAGAAGUUUCCUAAGGAGUUGACCUAUUAAAAAGUUUAGUAUUAAAAUGCAUGAGAGUAAAAAAUUAGGUAACAAAAUGUAAAUUUUCAU